AAACUUCCUUUUGUUUUUUUUAUGCAAAAAUAUUAUAAAUUUAUUUAUUUGAAAUACUAAAAUUCUACUACUAAAUAUAAUUUUCACUUUAGAAUUAUAACACAAAUCGGAUAUCCAACCAAAAACACAAUAACAAUGGAUAACAAAAUAUCUUUUGCAAAAGACCUCAUCAAAUCCUCAUCCGUUCCAGAAUUAACCAUCGAUCUAGACAAUACUCCAAUAGAAUCUGAUAAUUUUGAUGAAUAUCGAAAAAUACUUGAUAUACAACUUCCUAUGUUAUUCGAUUUUAUUCAACAAAAUGAAGAGCUUCUUUUAUCAAAAGAAUACAAUGAUGAUAUUUUGGAGAUCAAAGCUAAACUACUUAUGCUAACUACAGAAAUAACAGCGCACAAUACUUUGUACAAAAUACGAAAUGAACAAUUCCUCCGAGUUUUUAAUGAUUUUAUACAAAAAAACUUUUACAAAAUCCUCGAUGAUUCAGAAGUCGAGGAAUAUGUACUUAAACAUUAUACGCAAUACUUAAAAGCCGACAAUUGGAAACGACACAUAGGAACUGUUCAUGGUUUUAGUAGGUUCCUAGAGUUGAAAGUUUCUAAUGGACGUCAACUGCCAACUAAAUGGUCAAGUUUUUCUCUUUCUGUGGGACUAACUAUCCGCGAAUGCCAUUUACCAGCUUACAAAGAGUUAAGCACACAAAUAUUCCAGACAAUAAUAACUUAUUCGGUAAGAAAUUAUUUAUUAGGCAUGAAACUUUUUGCGGAUGAUAGUCUGAUUUAUAUUUGUGGUAAAAAUAGUGAAGAUAUGUGUGAGAAAUUGAAUGAUGACUUAAAAAGAAUUGAUGUAUGGCUGAAAAUGAACAAGCUUAAAGUGAAUGUAACGAAAACUAAAUAUAUGAAGUUUGGAAUGAAUGAAGAUAUUGAUGUGAAAAUGGAUAGUGAGUCUUUAAUUUGUGUUGAAAGCAUUAAGUAUUUGGGUUGUGUCAUAGAUAGAAAGUUGAAUCUAAAAGAACAUGCUAGUCAUUUAUCCUCAUCCUCUUAUUUGAUUUGUUAUUCUUCUAAGGAUCCAAAAGAAAUCAAAGAACUGAAUAUCCCAGAUGUCAUCUUCGAUGCUGUUCUCAAUUCCUUGCGAACAGUAGACUCAAUAGAUGGAACUUAUGCUAUUUGGAAAUGUCUAUGCGACUGUUUAGAUUUCAAAGAAGACGUUGAUUCCUAUAAUUGGGACGUGACUGAUGAAAUGAUGGAAAACCUAUUGGGUAGUUUAAAACAUGCCAACAAUUCCGACAUUGUCAUUUGUCUUUUUUCGUUUAUACCGAAAAUUCUUACCCGUUUCACUGCGAAUCGCAAAGAAAUUGAAGAAUUUCUAGCUCGUGAUUAUGACUCAUUGUCCGAGGAAGAUUUUUGUAAAUUCCGAAAGGAAUGUAGUAAAAUCAAUUCAUGUGCCUCAUACCGGUGGGCGCUGUACAUAGUCAAAUUAUUUGUAGCAGAAUCAUAUAAACUUCUCGAGAGUCCCAAAAUGUGUGAGAAAAUGCUUCAGCAAUUCCAUAUUUGUUAUCUCACUUGUUUAUACACAAUAACCGUUGAAGUUAUGAAUAUAAAUUUGUUAAAAUUUUUUGAACAAUAUUCUAACAUUCUGGUUGAAGCUAUUGCUACACACCAUGGAACUCGAAGAAUAAGAGAGCUCGUGGUACAAAUCUAUCAAACAUUUAUUGAUCAUUUGGAAAAGUCUGAUUUAGAAGAUGUUACUAAAGAUUUUCAACCAUACCAUAAAGCAUUUAAGCAAUUUGUUGAAGAACCUUUUUAGUUUGUAAUUUUGUAAAGUAAUCAAGAAUGCAAAACAAAAAAUAAUAAAAAAAUAUUUUCGUCAGGAAGCUACAAGCUAUCUGGUAUAAAAGUUGUUGAAGAAAAAAAAAUUCAAAGUUGAAUAAAUUACUCCCAUUAGUGGGUUUUCUACGUUGUGUUUUUAAAUUUCGACAUCAAGUAUAAAUAAAGAAGGACAACGCAUUAUAAUCACGAACAGAGGGUUUUUCAGAG